CAUCCAGGUCUUGUUUGGAGAAAGUUCUGAUCAUUUCAACUCCAGUGACGAGAGCAAAAGCACAACCUUACACUGAAAUGCUACACAGGCCCUUUGUCGCUUCUCCACAAUCAGUGGCUGAGCUGUGCAGCUCACUUUAAGAACAUUAUCCCCCUUUUAAUCCACUUUGCCUUCUGCCACAUGCAGGUGGACAGACUGUCAGACGGCACAGGGUGGGACAACCAAACACCCGCUUCCAUUUUAAAGGCUCACCGUGUGUGUGUGUGUUUUUGAGAACCCUUUUUUAUAGUUGAAAAUCCUUCAUUUUCUUCAGAUGACCUCGUGUUUAGCUUUGCUUAAACAUGGAGGAACCCGACGUGAGACAGCUGAAGCUGGACAACCAGCGAACCCUCCUGAUGAAGAAGCAGCAGAAGAAGAGGGCCGACACCCAAAUGGUGACGGCCACUCGGGAGAGUCGCCCAAAGAAAACCAAGCACAAAGCCGUGUGCUCUGACGAGACCCUGCUGUUAAUCAGCCAAUCCCUCAGCAGCACGUCUCUCAGCGAUCAAGUGGAGCACGCUCACGAUAACCCGCUGGAUGAAAUCACACUGGGCGAAUGCAACACGACGGCAAACAUGACCCUGGAGGAGCUGCCCUCAGAGACGCCCUGCACUCCCAGAGCAAUGGACACACAUGUGGACAAAGAGUCCGAGGCCACGUGUGAACUAGAGGACGAUGCUCAGGCGGAGGGGACAAAGACAAAGAAGAAAGACGAGAAAAAGGAAAAACCUAAACGAAACACAGGUACACCACGGUGCCAAAUAAGUGACGAGAGCAAAGAUGAAGAAGUCAGAGAAAAGGAGAGAAAGGGGAAAAAGACGAAUAAAGUAGACGAAACUACUCCAAGUCUAGUUUCACUGAACUCCAAUUACAGGGAGAAUUCAUCCUCGGACAGUGAAUCUAACAAAAGGUCAACCUCCCCAAUGUCAGUGGAGGAUCUAGAGAAGUUUGCUUUGCAUCCUGCUCCCAGAGACGUGACCAUCCAGUGCAGGGUCACCAGAGACAGGAGAGGAAUGGAGAAGGGCAUUUACCCGACUUACUACCUCCACAUGGAGAAGGAGGACGGGAAGAGGGUGUUUCUGAUGGCGGGCAGGAAGAGGAAGAAGUGCAAAACAUCCAACUACCUCAUCUCCACUGACCCGACAAACUUGUCCAGAGACACAAACAGCUACAUCGGGAAACUACGGUCCAACAUUCUGGGAACAAAGUUCACCGUCUACAACGGAGGAGAAAACCCAGAGAAGAAGCCCUUUAUCAAAGAGUGUGAAUCGGUGCGGCAAGAGCUGGCAGCAAUUUGCUACGAGACAAAUGUGCUGGGCUUCAAGGGUCCACGGAAAAUGACAGUGAUCAUCCCCGGCAUGCUGGAGAAUGACGAAAGAGUGUCCAUUCAACCAAAUAAUGACCUGGAAACUCUUCUGAGUCGCCACGCAAACGGCAACACGGACAAACUGGUGACACUGGUGAACAAAUCCCCGAGCUGGAAUGAACAGACUCAGUCUUAUGUGCUCAACUUCCACGGGCGUGUCACUCAGGCCUCUGUCAAAAACUUCCAGAUCAUCCACCCUGACAACGAUGAUUACAUAGUGAUGCAGUUUGGCCGCGUGGCAGAGGACGUCUUCUCGAUGGAUUACAGUUUCCCCAUGUGUGCCCUGCAAGCCUUUGCCAUAACUCUGUCGUCCUUUGAUGGUAAACUGGCCUGUGAGUGACUCCUGCUGGUGUGCCACAAGUGCUUAAAGAUGCCA